AUGUCGCCCUCCAGUGGUCAAGACACAAACCGGAUUGCCGUCACUCUCAUACAGAAGGUAGGUGGUAACACUGUCUGCCUCCACCUGUCUACUUCACCUGUCUACCUCUACCCUCACCUGUCUACUUCACCUGUCUGCCUCCACCUGUCUACUUCACCUGUCUGCCUCCACCUGUCUACUUCACCUGUCUACUUCACCUGUCUGUCUCAUCUGUCUGCCUCCACCUGUCUGUCUACCUUCAUCUGUCUGCCUCCACCUGUCUACUUCACCUGUCUACCUCCACCUGUCUGCCUUCACCUGUCUACCUCCACCUGUCUGCCUCCACCUGUCUACCUCCACCUGUCUACCUUCAGUCUUCCUCCACCUGUCUUUCACCUGUCUACUUCACCUGUCUACCUUCAUCUGUCUGCCUCCACCUGUCUGCCUCCACCUGUCUACUUCACCUGUCUACCUCUACCUUCAUCUGUCUGCCUCCACCUGUCUACCUUCACCUGUCUACCUAGCUCCAUCUGUCUACCUCCACCUGUCUACCUUCAGUCUACCUUCACCCGUCUACUUCACCUGUCUUCCUCCACCUGUCUGCCUCCACCUGUCUACCUUCACCUGUCUUUCACCUGUCUACCUCCACCACCUCCACCUGUCUUCCUCCACCUGUCUUUCACCUGUCUACCUUCAGUCUUCCUCCACCUGUCUUUCACCUGUCUACUUCACCUGUCUUCCUCCACCUGUCUACCUUCAGUCUUCCUCCACCUGUCUACCUCCACCUGUCUACUUCACCUGUCUACCUCCACCUGUCUACCUUCAGUCUUCCUCCACCUGUCUACUUCAGUCUUCCUCCACCUGUCUGCUCCACCUGUCUGCUCCACAGCGUGCUCUGCAGCGUGUCAGCCGUCACCUCCUCCUCCUCCUCCUCCUCCUCCAGCUGCAGGUUGCUCAGACAUGGCAUCGAUAGCAGUGGCGGUGCAGCAGCAGCAGCAGCAGCAGCAGCAGCGGUCCGGUCUCAUCCCGAGCGUCUCCCCGCAGAACGACGCUCCGCUGCCCGCCAGCAUCUUCGCUCCGGACCGGGGAGGAUGCGGAGACGACGCCGAGGACGAGUGCCUGGAGGACGGGGAGCUGCUGGACGGGGAGCCGCCGGACAGAGGGCUGGACUUCACCAACAAGCUGGCACUUGUCAGCCCAAACGGAGAGCAGUACGACUCAUUACUUCGCCAGCUGCGUGACAGAAUGGAAGAGGGAUGUGGAGAGACCAUCUAUGUGGUCGGGAUGGGCUCGGAUGGUAGUGACUGGGGUCUGGAUGAGAAGGACAUGGAGGCCUCAGCAGCCACGGUGCGCUCUAUGUGUGAGCAGGUGGACGCUGACCUUAUUACUCUCCGAGAGCGUACUGAGGCUGCCGGUUUGGUUCGUGACUAUCUGAUCCGCCGGCGUGUGGGUGAGCUGGACUUCCUGGAGGUCAGGGUUGCAGUCGUGGGUAACGUGGAUGCUGGUAAGAGUACUCUGCUGGGAGUGUUAACGCACGGAGAGCUGGACAAUGGCAGGGGCUUUGCCCGCCAAAAGCUCUUCAGACACAAACACGAGAUGGAGAGUGGCAGGACCAGCAGUGUGGGCAACGAUAUCCUGGGGUUUGACCAGGAGGGACAGGUGGUGAACAAACCAGAUAGUCAUGGAGGAAGCCUGGACUGGACCAAAAUCUGUGAGAAAUCCUCCAAGGUCAUCACCUUCAUAGACCUGGCCGGCCAUGAGAAAUACCUCAAGACCACGGUGUUCGGGAUGACCGGACACCUGCCUGACUUCUGCAUGCUCAUGGUGGGCAGUAAUGCAGGUAUCGUAGGGAUGACCAAAGAGCACCUGGGCCUGGCCUUAGCCCUGAAUGUGCCCGUGUUUGUGGUGGUGACCAAGAUAGACAUGUGUCCAGCCAACAUCCUGCAAGAGACGUUGAAGCUGCUCCAGAGGUUACUGAAGUCCCCCGGCUGUAGGAAGAUCCCCGUCCUGGUACAGAACAAGGACGACGUCAUAGUCACGGCUUCAAACUUCAGUUCGGAGAGGAUGUGCCCCAUCUUCCAGAUCUCCAAUGUGUCUGGAGAGAACAUGGACCUGCUCAAGAUGUUUCUCAACCUGCUCUCCUCCAGGACGUCCUACCGUGACGACCAGCCUGCUGAGUUUCAGAUAGACGACACCUACUCCGUACCGGGAGUGGGAACAGUGGUAUCAGGAACAACUCUACGUGGACUCAUACGUCUGAAUGACACAAUGCUGCUGGGACCAGACCCCUUAGGCAGCUUCAUCACCAUUGCUGUCAAAUCAAUCCACCGCAAGAGAAUGCCGGUGAAGGAGGUUCGAGGGGGCCAGACUGCCUCGUUUGCUCUUAAAAAGAUCAAACGUUCGUCCAUAAGAAAAGGCAUGGUGAUGGUUUCCCCGAGGUUGUGCCCGCAGGCCACUUGGGAGUUUGAGGCUGAGAUCCUGGUACUGCAUCAUCCAACCACGAUAUCCCCCAGAUACCAGGCCAUGGUCCACUGUGGCAGCAUAAGGCAGACAGCCACCAUCCUGUCUAUGAACAGAGACUGCUUACGGACAGGAGACAAGGCUUCAGUCCACUUCCGCUUCAUCAAGACCCCCGAGUACCUGCACUGUGACCAGAGGCUGGUGUUCAGGGAGGGACGCACCAAGGCUGUGGGAACCAUCACCAAGCUGUUGCAAUCCACCAAUAAUUUACCAUCCAAUUCCAAACCUCCACAAAUCAAAAUGCAGUCUACAAAGAAAGUGCCGCCGAGGAAAGAGGACGGAACCCCGGCAGCUGGUGAAGAAGCAGCAACAAUAGCACAGUCAGCACAACCGGGAGAGGGAGAUGAGGAUCCUCAGAUAAAAGAGGGAAACAAAGAGAACAAGCCAAAGUCUGGAGGAGGUGGAAGGAGAAGGGGUGGCCAGAGGCACAAAGGGAAAGGGCAGAACAGCAGCAGCACCACCUCCACAGCGGCUCCGUCAUCAGGAACAGGAGGAUCCUAA